AUGGAUAUCAUUUAUAAUUUAUAAGCAAAAAAGAAAUAAAAAUUAAAAUUAAAUAAUGGAAAAAAUGACUUCUUGGCAUAACACAAAUUUAAGAUGGUUUGUAUUAGUGUUAAUUGGUGUUUAUCCAUUAGUAUAGUUUUUAAUAGGAGAAUAUCCAGCACUUUUAGGAGAAUAAAUCAAAUCUUAUUUUAAUGUGUCCUAAGCAUAAAUUAAUUAUUUACUCACAUUCAGAACAUUUCCAAAUAUGAUAAUGUCAUUAAUUGGAGGUUUGAUUAUAGAUACUUUUGGAGUAAGACGUUCUUAUGUCCUUUUUGGAUCAGUUGUGAUUAUUGGCUAACGUAUUAAUAAUAGAAUAUUAUAAAAAAAGUUUUAUGUUUCAUAUCAGUAAUUUAUAAACAUUUUAUUUGGAUGGUGAUUGGUAGAUUUAUUUUUGGAUUAUUUGAAUCAAGUGGUUUUGUAGCUGAGAGUUAUUAUAUCAACAAAUGGUUUAAAGGUAAAGAAAAUUCACUUGCAUUUGGGUACAUUAAUUAAAUAAAAAUAGGAUUGAUACUGCUAUCUGUAGAUUAGGAUCAAUUGGAGCUGCUAUUAUCUAUCCAUAUCUGUAUCUAUCUUCUAAUAAUGAAUUAUCUCAAUGUUUAUUGAUGUGUCUCCUUAUUGCUAUAAUAAGUUUACUAAUAAUCAUUAUUCUCACUUAAAUUGAUAGAUGCAGCGAUAUAAGAGAUAAAACAACAGAUUCUAAAUUAGAUAGUGUAGAUCUUAGACAAAUUAAAAAUUUUAACUAAGAAUUUUAUAUUACUUUAAUUACAGCUAUGACCUGUUAUUCAGUAUUCUUCAUUUUCUGUUAUAACAGUGUCGAAAUGUUUAAAAAUAUGUAAUUAUAAUCAAAAUAUUUAGUUAUAAAUUGGAGUAAAAUGUUGCAAAUACAAUAUUUAGUAUUCCAUACUAUCUUUCUGCAAUUUUGAGUCCAAUUGUUGGUCAUUAUGUAGAUAAAAAAGGAAACAAUAUUGAAAUUCUUUGUAUCGCUAGUGGUUGUUAAUUAUUAACAAUGAUCAUUUUUUAUUUGAUGCCAGAAUGUGAUAUAUAAUGCGUUGCUGUACCACUUUUAGGAAGUAUACUUAAUGGAUUCUUUUUUGGAACAUAUUAUGCUGUAAUGUGGCCACAUAUACCUUUAAUUGUUCCAACUCAUAUGGUUGGAACUGGCUUUGGCUUAACUUUUGCUUCCAUCAAUUCAGGUAUUAAACUUUAUUUUAUUUUAGAAAUUACUAUUUUUUCAUAUAUUAUUUCUAACAUGUUGGAAAUAGAAAAUUAUGAUAAUUAUAGAUAAAUGAACUUUUUGCUUCUUAUUUUAUCUGUCAUCGGAUUUAUUCCUCUAAUAUUUUUAUUCAAAUAUUAUCGAACUUAAUACCAUAAACGUGUUCAAGAUUAAAAUGAUGAAAAUGAAUCUACAAAUUAAAUCGAGUUAAUUGUAAAAAGUAAAUCAACUUGA